UGGCCUUUGAGAUGGGCUUCACUCGUUAGCCUUGAUUAUUUUUUUUUUCCCCUUCCAAUCAUCCCCCCUCGCAUGUCCACUUUUGUUUUUAUUACAAAGAAACGCCCGUCCGCGAUGACAUUAGAAGGUGAACUGGCAGACAGGGUCAGCCAGGUGAUUUCAGAGCUGGUUGCGGUGCGGGCUGGCUGGCUUGCAGGUUUCAGUUCCUGUGCCGUGCAGUAAAGCGACUUGGUUGGUCAAAGGAUUGCAAUGAAACCAGCUCAGGAGCGCAACCAGGAGAGCCUGCCUCCUAAGAAGAGGGACCUCCCUCACAGCAACAGCGGCGGUGGCGGAGGGGCGGGCGGGGGCGGAGCUUCGGUAGGCGCCAGCAGCGCCGCUGGAGGAGGUAACGGAGAAGCUGAAGUUGUUUCCAUCCACAACUCUGCAGCCGGCAGUGAGACUCAGGGAGGGAAUCCAUCAGCAGAGUGGCCACGAACUCAUCCGGAGCAUCACUAUGGAGUGGAUAAUUCAGAGAGCAUCUCAGCGGGGCCUGUCGAUCAGUACAGUAUGAUUUAUAAAGUGGCUGUUCCUUCUGUUACCUACUCGCCCACCAGCCUCCACCCAGUGUUAAGCCACAUCUCGCCCACAUACACCGUACACUCUCCCCUCCUGCAGCAUCCAGGCCUUCCCUAUCCUCCCCUGGGUUACGCUCACAUCCCUCAUCCGUCUCUCCAGUUUGUUAGUUCACCGUACGCUGCCGUUCCUUACGCCGUCCCGUCCGGCUUCGUCCCUGGAUCGCUGAUUUCUCCGUCAGGCGCCAUCCCUCAGCCCCAUGCCGUGUCCCACCUGGUUCCCUAUCCAUCCGUCAUACAGGACGGAGUGGUUUCCCCACCUCCCCAGGCCCAGGCUCAUACGUUUACCAAACUUGCAGCGCCAGGUGGCGUCCCGCUGAUGAUGCCCUCAGAGCAAGCCGCCCAGCAGCACAUUGGUACUAUCGGGGUCAUACCUGCCUCAGAGAUCAGCUCCAGAGGGAUGCCAAUCUUCUACCAGCCCCAGAGCAGCCGGGGGGCGUCCGUCCCCGGCGACCUCCACAACGAAGCAGAGAUUAAUGGCGGCGAUAAAGAGCAAGGAGUCAGGGACGUCCUGCACGACUCUGCCUACGCUUCCAGAAAUGCACAUCUGCAGCAGGUAGUGUCCAUCUCCGCAGCGCAGGAGCACAGCCAAGAAAGGGCCCUGCAGAACCGACGCCUGGAAGGCCGAAGCUCUCCUGGUCAGCGCAGCACUCCGGACAGCGAUCUGGAGGUGCAGCAGGUUGUUGGCCACCUGGCUAGCUCGAGUCAAGGUGUUGGCGGGGUGCGGAAGGAGGUCUCGUUUGCCCCCUUGAAUCUCUCUCAGGGGGUCCAAAGAACCAGAGACGUCCACGGAGAGAGCCCGGCUGUUUCCAGCAGGGCUGUGCAUUCGGCGCAACCGCUGAGUUACGUUGAACACAAAGUCGGCGGGCUCCAGCAGCAGCCGGGUCACGCCGUUAUGCUGACCAACGGGCAGCCGGUGCUCGUUCCUCUCGACUAUCAGCUGCAGCGUCAGUCCCAGCCGCAGCAACACUACCCAGGACAGGCGAGCGACGCCGCCGCCGCAAAGGCCUCCAUUAACCCAAGCUUUAAAACCUCUGAGUCUCCAGGCAGAGCCGGCCUCCCUGAAAAGGUGGAGCCGACCGCAGCUAAGCAGCAGCAGCAUCAUCAUCAGCAGCAGCAGCCUUCUCUACAGCCAUCGGUUCACUCUGCAGCAGAGCCAACUCAAGCUUCAGGUAUCCCGGCGGCGGCGCCUGGCAGUAACCCGUCACAUUUCAUGAAGGGGGCGAUCAUCCAGCUGGCCACGGGGGAGCUGAAGCGUGUGGAGGAUCUGCAAACUCAGGAUUUUGUGCGAAGUGCAGAGGUCAGCGGAGGGCUCAAGAUCGACUCCAGCAUGGUGAUGGACAUCCGGUCCAGCCAGCAGAGACCGGGUCUGGUGUCUCUGCAUUUCACGGUGGGGGAGCAGCAGAGCAAGGUGACCAUCGACGUCCCGCCAGAGCACCCGUUCUUUGUGUUCGGCCAGGGUUGGUCGUCGUGCAGCCCCGAGCGCACGGCCCAGCUGUACGGCCUGACCUGCCACCUCCUGCAAGUAGGGGACAUGUGCGUGUCCAUCACGCUGCAGCAGCAGCAGCAGCUUCAGCCGCAGCUGCAGAAGCAACCGCAGCAUCACAACUCGCAGCAGCAGAACGUGUCAAGAACUUUAGGCAAAAGCAACGCGGCAUCGGGACCCGGUCACCAGCUCAUGGGGCCUCCCGCGCCCCAACAGCUGCGGCCGCAGGCUCACUUCAGGAUGGACCGCGUCCACAGAGAACGGCAGCAGGACGGCGAGGGCGGCGUGCUGGAAAAGGACGAAGCACACUUAGCAGCUGUUGGACACACUGAAUCCCCCGUCCGGCGAGGCCGGACCUCCACGGAGCAUCCCAGGAGUCAGAGCAGCUACCACUUGCACACAGAGGGCUCCGCUUUCGCCGGGACCGGCAUGCCCGCCACGCAGGCCGCGCUCGGCGCCUCUCAGAGGCGCUGGUCGUCGCCUGGCCUCCAAAGAUACAGCAUGAAGGGAGACGAAGGGUCGCGCCCUCAGAUAAUCGCCUCUGGCCACACGAGGCCUUCUUUCAUCCCCCAGGAGGUGAAACUGUCCAUCGAGGGGCGCUCUAACGCAGGGAAGUAGCAUCACAUUUGGUAGCAACCGCAGGAGAGACUGCCAGGAGCGAGAACGAGUCUGACAAGGAGAGAAAGAGGAAAAAAACAGUGUGAAUGUAGCCUCAGAAUGUUUGAGAUUUUGCACACCUAAAAGUACACAAAGACACAUGAUUUUGUCGAGCUUCUUGAGGAGCUUCGCUUCGAUGUUACUCAGCCACGAAAAACAGAAACCUUUGGUUUCCCAGCCUGCUGAGGUCUGACAGGAACAUGAAAAGCUAAGUAGAACGUAUGUAGCUUCUAAACGCCUGCCAUAGUCCUUACACACUGCUUUUCUCUUCCUCGCUCCCUCCUUCGUCUCCACCUCCUUGUACCCACACCUGGACAUUUUCACAAAACGACACUUUGGCUUUUACCUUCUGACCAAAACGCUCUCAAUGGGAAAUGCAACAAUGCGUGCAGCCUCAAAGCACAGCUACCAACUCUGAUGUUAAAAAUCACAGCCAGCGAUCUUUAGAUGUCAACACUCCUAAAAUAUUAUUUUUUUUAUCUCUUUAUAUGUAUAUUUAUGAAGCAUUUACCCCCCAAAAAAGUGGAGCCCCUGACAUCAACAGGGUGUGAUGUCGUCCAUUAAGACCAGCUGUCAGCAGGAAAUCUGUCUCUGUUUCUCUCCAACUCAUUCGUUUUUAGUAAGUCAGUCUCCAAAGAUAGACGCAAGAUUCUGUUUCAGGGCAAAAAACGGCGCAGGCUUGCAUGUCUUACAAUCGAGUUGUUCACUGAUCAAUUCCCUGUUCCUUCAUUUAGCUCCAUUUCAUCAGAACUGAAACGAUGCCUUUUUCUCUCUGAGACAACAGAGUUUUGCAUUCCAGCGUGAUUUUUGUCAUUUGGAGUACAUUUCUUUUUCCACGUAGGGAGUAAUCGAUGCCCCGCUUCUCUCUGUACCUCUCGGCUUUCUCCACCAGGUCGGUGAACUUUGGUGCGUUUUCAUGUAUUCGCUGCAGGAGGCGCUGGCUGCUUCUUCACUUAAGCCGUCUGGGGGGAAACGAUUGAGAGAAACACCCACCUGUUGCAUCUUGCAAUUUGCCCUGAAAGGAGAAUGUGUGUGUGUGUGUGUGCGCGUGCGUGUGUGUGCGCGAGCGAGGCCGUGUCGAAGCUCGAGUCUUGUCUUUUCUCCGUUCUUUUAAAGAAAGCAAUAGUUUUGUUGUUUCCCCCCGAAGCCUUUGGCUGUCCCGGGAAUUUCAUUGUCUGGUCCGCUACAAAGAGACGAUGCAUUAUUUUGGUCUUCAGUUUCGACACGCUCUUCUGUUAAAUUCAAACAACAUUUAAACUAAAUUGUUGACUCGUUAAUUUUCCGAAAUGCAACUUUUCAGGAGGCUCUGGUUUAACAGAUUGCUUGUGUUUCAAUUCAAAGUCAUUUUCUAAUGUCUUCUGUCGCCCAUCGUGUUCAUUCAGUCCAUCCUCUGUAGGAAUCACAGCUUCCUGUUUUUAUCUCGUCGUUUGAAGGGAAUCAGUUUGAAGUGUUGUUGGGAGAAAGCAGAACAAAAAAAAAAACUGACUUGUAUUUCUUUCUCUUUUUUUUUUAACUGUUUACAAAUCAGCCGAGAUGAAUGCUGCAGUUCCUACCUUCUGACGUAUUUCUAUCUUGAGAAAUUGAAAGUGCAAUUAGAUCAUACAUAAAUGCAUCCGGAGGUCUCGAAUCAGACGAUAUUCCUCAUGCAGACAUUCCCAUCAGAAAAGCGACACAUUAAUAGUUUCUGGUCCUUUUUUAUGAAACUUGAAUAUAACGCGAUUAUUCACUUUAAAGCAUUUUCAUUUUGCCCAAAAGCUUCAGGGGAUUUUCUCUUGCACACACACAGAGCUACUGCUUCUGCUGGCCGUAUGGCUUCUCCUUCUUGACCUCAAACCAGUUUAUAAAAGUAGUUGCAGUAAAGCGUAUUACAGUCAGAGGUUCAGGAAUGGACAAUUUGAACCUUUUUGGUAUUUGUUUUGGUUGAUACUGAAGUGUGAUUGAUUACAAAUCGAUUCCUGAAUGCAUUUUUAUGCGGAAGGCAUUUCUGUACUGCUACGAUGGACGAGGGCAAAGAGGGUUUAGUUUUUCCCCCCGCCCAGCACCCAACACAUGCUCGUCAAAGCGUAAGCAAUACUCAUUCAUCGUGAGUCGAUAACUUUAUGUGGUCUUGGUGUUUUCUAUGCAGUAAUCUCAGUACCAACGUCCAGGAUUGUCUUCAGUGUACUGAGCUGCAGCAGCUCUGAUUGUCGGAUGCAGUCGUUUGAAACGUUUCUUUUUGACUGACCUACUUUAUAGGAAUUAAAAGCAGUGUUUUUGGUUUACCUCUGUGUUUUUUGUUGUUGUUGUCGUCCAACAGUUGUCGUCUUUCUGAAUGCUGAGUGAAACCGUUUCCAUCUUCCUUCUUUGACGCCACGCAUUUAAAGCCAAAUCACUCGAGACGCGCCUCUUGGACCGUCCGUCCGGCGUUGUUUUGGUUGAGGUCACAGUUUCAAUGGGGUUCACUGUCUGGUGGAAGCAGUGCCACUUGUGGUCUCAACCCCCCCCCCCCAAGCGAGGCCGUCCUGCGUCGAUGAUUUCCUCUUUGUUCCCAUCCUUCGCUUUGAGUGGCAUGUGCUGUUUUUAAAAAAAUGAAUCCUCCGUCACGUCGUUGUAUAAAAUUGCACUAAAUGUCGUCCUUCAGUGUUCGCAAAUGAAAUCUGUUGGUAAACUGAAGACUUUCCAAUUGUAAAGCACACAAAAUCGUGGAGAAAUCGCAGGUUUUGUGUUUCUGUAGAUAGGUUGUAUUUUUUUUCCUGUGUAGAUAGCUUUGAUCGAAGAUGAUGAUGAUGAUGACGCUUGUUUAUAAUGCCUUAAAUUCAGCUUUGUACAAUGUGUCCAAACGAACAACGGACUCUGUGUUCUCCAUUCAGGUUGUACGAGAGCAUAUCAGAAAGGUCAGGCUUGACGAGCAGAAACCUGCGCACGUCGAUGAGACUGAGUUUUGUAGAACUCGUUGCCUCCCGUUUUUUAGUUUUGUUUCUUUUUUUUUUUUGUUUGUUUUAUAUUCCUAUCUCUGACUUUUUAAUCUGUAGAUUUUCAGUAUGUGGAGGAGAAAGCGCAAGAAGCUUUCCUCAGCACUUUUUUUUACAAGAUGAGUUCAAGAGCAUCAGCUGUGGAGGAGAAAUCCUUCCACUUAACCCAUGCAUAGACAGAUGCACAGAGCAGAUGUUUCUUUAUUAUUAUUAUUAUUAUUGCACAAGAUCAGUAGGUUUUUAAUGGCCAGAAUCAUCAGGUUGUGAAAGGUCCGGCGCUGCGUCCCAACGUUUCUGGGCGGCAGAAGCGGAAAAGUAUGAACUACGUCCAUCUUUUAUUAAACUGCUAACACAAACUUAGUAAGAUUGUGGUGUUGCUUGAUGUCAAAUCAAAUCAGGAGAAUGCAAAUGGUUAAAAGUUUUAAAGAAGUCUGUAUUUUCAGAUUUGACAUGAUUUUUUUUAAAUUUGUUUUUUUGUUUUUUCCUCUGCACAAGGUGACAUUGCUUUUUGUGAUGUGAAACUUAAAAACUGAACAGCAUCUUUUUUUUCCUAUUUUCUUUUAAAAUGCCUAAAUCUGCAAAAUAUAUGCAAUUAUGUAAAUGUAACAUUCAAUCCUCAAGUAUAAUCCAGGUUGUAUGAACUUUGUAUAGUGAGUUUUAAUAUUGUAUGGCCGUACCAAUAUGUAUUGAUCUCUAUCAGAAGCCUUAGAGUUGUUGACCCAAAGUGCUCCCUUAGGAAGAAAAAAAAACCCACACCUACCUGACUUUAAGAAA